UCUGAUGGAUCUAGAUCUCAUGUACACACCAUGUACGAAUUAGCAUUAGCUUGGCUAUCCAAGGAAUAACUGAUUGGUGAAUAAGCUGCCACUGCCGGCCGGCCGGCCGGCCAGCAUGGAGGUGGUGACCGGGGCGACGGGCAGCGUGCUGACCAAGGUGGGUGCGCUGCUGCAGGAUGAAUACAUCCGGCAGCAGGGGGUGCAAAAAGAUGUGGAGUCUCUCCAGAAGGAGCUCUUCUUCAUGCGGGCCGCCCUGUGCAAGGUGGCGGUGGUUCCGGCGGAGCAGCUGGACGAGCAGGUCAAGGCCUGGGCCAGCAACGUCAAGGAUCUCUCCUACGACAUGGAAGACGCCGUCGACACUUUCACUGUACGGGUGACGGCCAGCAAGGACCACGGCCGUUCAAGGAUUGCCGGCAUGGGCAAGUGGGACAGGUUCACUGCUCGAAGAGAGCUUGCGGACAUGAUUGCAGAGAUGAAGGACCUCACGAUGCAGGUCGCCGACCUGCGUGACAGGUACAAGCUCGACGACAUCAGUGUGAUGAAUACUACAGAGCAGGUGCAAGAAGUGAAGGAAGUCGUCUCAAGAAACUUUCAACUGUGGACAUGGUGGCGUCAAUGCAUUUCUUACAGGAUUCGAGAAGUUUGGGCGGGGUGGCAUAGGGGCGUCAGUGGAUUUAUUCUUGCGGCCACUGGCAGCCGGGAGAUCCCCACUCCGAGCUUGGGUUCGAUCAACGGGAUGGAGGACGAUUCAGCUAGGAUGAGGGAUGAUAUGAAGGAGCUCCACGACUGGCUUAACAAUAAAAAUAAGGGUGGUGUGCUUUACGUCAUUGGUGAUGAAGGGGUUGGCAAGACCACCGUCGCCAAGUAUUUGUACCACAGGUUCGGUCAUCUAUUUGACCGCCGGGCGAUAGUAAUGGCAUCAUCUUGGGGCCAUGAUGACAAAGCCAUCGUAGAUAAGAUUGAGAAACAACUCCGUUUGGACCUCAAACGUCCUACGGCAGGUGAAACUUCCCUCAGGCUCCUGCUGUUAAUUGAUGGUGUCGAGUCUGAAGACACGUGGGAGAAAAUUGAAGAAGCUCUAUUUAAAUCCGAAUUACUGCCUACUGGUAGUCAUAGCAAAACUAUAGUCACAACAAGGCAUUCAGCGGUUGCUUCCGCAUGGAAAAAAGAAAAUGGCGAUUUGAAGCACCCUCAAACCGCUGGUGAGACAGAAGAAGCCAAGUGCAUAUUCAUGCAGGCUUUGGGGGAACCAACAAGAGGUGAUGAGGCAGAAGAUAAUAUUCCGCCUAGGGUGUGGGAGAUGUGUGCAAAGCAGCCAGUGGCCACAAUUGCCAUGGCUGGUUAUGCCGCCUGCAACCGAGGAAAGUCUCAGGAUGCAUGGAGAGAAGUUUGUAAUAAGCUGUUGCCGGAGUCUGUGAAAGAACUUACCCGGGGCGACAUCCCUAGGGUUCUUAGCCAUUGCUACCGUGAUAUGUCUGCCGAGCUCGAGACCUGCUUCCUGUAUCUAAGCAUGUUCAAGAAAGAAUCAAGUGUGAGCAGGAAGCAUCUGGCUAGGAGGUGGAUAGCAGAAGGGUUCGUGGGGGAGAAGCCAGGGAGGAGCGUGGAAGAGGUGGCGGAUGGUUACUUUGACCAGCUCGUGUCGAGGAAGCUCGUACAGCCGGUGGGUACAAGCAAGAAUAGCAAGGUGAUGAACUGUCAAGUUUAUGGCAUGGUUCACGACUUCAUCGUGUCCCAGGCAAGCCAAGAGAACUUGGUCACGGUGGCUGGUGGUGAUUCGCCUUCGCCACCGCCUAACGGCAAAGUCCGCCGGCUAUCCCUCUCCAUUCCCGCAUCUCCAGAUGAAGAAGAUCCAGGUGCCGGCAAGAACAUGCCCCAUGUCAGGUCGCUGGCCGUGUUCACCGCAAGAAAGCCGACUUCAACUUUACCGGCCCAACGGCUGCCUUCAGCUUUACUGAGCUCUCCGAUCAUACAAGUGCUAGAUCUUCAAGGCUGCAAGGGUGUCAAGGUGACAAAGAGACACAUGGAGGUGAUCUGCAAGAUGUUUCUUCUCAAGUACCUGAGCCUCCGAAGGACAAUCAUUGAGGCAAUUGGAAGGAACAUCGAGAGGCUCAAGAACUUGGAGACACUCGACGUUAGGGAGACUAAAGUUCAAUCGCUGCCAGAUACUAUAUGGAAGCUUCAGAAGCUAGUCAACAUACUUGGAGGGAACAAGAAUAAAAAAUUCGAGCCACUCCAGUUGAAGCUACCAGCUGAUGCCAAGGCCAAGAACCACCCCUGCAAGCCUGACGGUGUUACAAUGAAAGCCCUGCGCGUGCUAUCUGGAAUUGAGAUGACCCCAAAUUUGGCGAGGUGUCUCGAGCGUCUGACUAAUCUGAGGAAGUUGGCCAUCUACAAGGUCAGCGACACCGAGUCCAACAAGCUAGAAUUAUUCCGUCUUGGGUACCUACGGACCCUGGUGAUAAUAGCCGGUGGUGAAGCCAACAUAUCUGAGUUACUCAGCAGCCACGAUAUUCAAGCUUCCUCUUUGACGUCUCUUGCUGAUCUUCGGUUAUGUGGCAAGUUAGAGCAAGUCCCCACAUGGAUCCAAGAACUCACAGAUCUCACAAAACUGACCCUCCCCAUCACAGUUUUAACAAAUCCAGAACUGCUCGCUAAGCUUGCCAACAUGAAGAAACUCUUCUCGCUCACCUUCUCAACUCCCACAACUCUAGCUCCAGCUCCAGCUCCAGUGGGUACCAGUACCACCGAGAACAACUUUGAGGAGAUCAUCUUCGAUAGUGUAGGGUUUGCUAAUCUCAAGCUCCUCGAAUUCAUUGCUCCCUUGAUACAGCCCCUGAGCUUUCUCGACAACGCAAUGUCACAGCUGGAAAGGAUUCAUCUUCACUUCACCAACUUUCAAGGCCUGCAUGGCAUUCACAACCUGCGAAGGCUCCAGGAGGUGCACAUCGAGGUAAAAUACGAUGCAGAUGAUUUUACCACAUCCAUGCUACGUAAUCUUCUGGAGUCAGCCAUGCAAGAUGAUGCCAAGGCACCCAGGAUAACUCGUGACUGGUUUGAUUGAAGACUACUACGUUUCUUUUCUUUUUGCGAGGAAUGAAGACUACUACUUUUUUUUAUGCAUCAAAACUACUUGGCCACUAUAUUCAUGAUCUCCAUGAGCGAGUUCAUUAUUAUAUCUUUGUACUAUUACUACAUUAUACUAGCUUUCAAGCUUAAGUUCCAGUUAAUGGUUCUCUAUAAUUAA